GUACGAGUGGUUUGACGGCCCAAUCAAAGAAGUAGCUUUUAUUUUGAAACUCAUUAAGCGGACGUGAGUUUCCGCCGUAGCUUGCUCAGAUUUUCCUCCUCCGCUUCACUUCACUCCCAUUCACAGGAGACUGCCCCAGCCUACGAAAGCAGAACACGCACACAAUGGCGGAGCAAGAGCCCUCACCAGAGGUUUUGGCACAGAUCGCAGCGGAAAACGAGGAUACAGAAAUAUCAGUCAACUACAAACCUCCUGCCGUGAAGACCUUACAGGAGAUCCAGGAGCUGGACCAGGAUGACGAGAGCCUGAGGAAGUACAAGGAGGCGCUGCUGGGAAAAGCUGGAAAGGUUACAGAUCCCACUGUCCCAAAUGUGCAGGUGACAAAGAUGACUCUGCUAUGUGAGCAAGCUCCUGGUCCGCUGGUGUUAGACCUACAGGGAGACCUCGAGAACUUUAAGAAGAAUCCGUUCACGCUGAAGGAGGGAGUUGAAUACAGAGUAAAGAUCACCUUCAAGGUGAACAAGGAUAUUGUCUCAGGCCUCAAGUACAAUCAGCAAACAUUCAGGAAAGGAGUUAGAGUUGAUAAAACGGACUACAUGGUCGGCAGCUAUGGCCCGAGACCAGACGAGGCGUACGAGUUCCUCACGACCAUGGAGGAGUCGCCUAAAGGGAUGCUGGCCCGCGGCACCUACAACGUCAAGUCCAAGUUCACCGACGACGACAAGAACGACCACCUCUCCUGGGAGUGGAGCAUCGCGAUCAAGAAAGACUGGAAGGACUGAUGAUGUUUUUUUGUUGUUUUUUUUUUCCCACUCCUCCAUCAGAUCCUCCCGUCUUUCCUCUUCAUUCCAUGAUUCUUUCUCGGAUCAUUCCAUCAUCUUUUUUGGCUUCUCGCUCUGUCCGUCCAUCUCUGCCCUCCUCAUUCCGCGCAUCUUGAUUUUUCUUCUUCUUUGCCUCCUGUCUGAUAAGUAUUAAAUCCUAAAAAAAAAGUAAUAAUAAUGGAGAAAGCAAACAAUAUGCCCAAUCCAGAUUUUUUUCUACCUUGCUCUCCCCUAAGCCACCUUUGUUCCACCUUGUUUUGUAUGAUUACCAUAAACUGCCUUAGAUAGUGCGGUGGCUGUGUGGACUUUGUUCAAUCACUGCUGGAACCAGCCUCGCUGAAGCCUUUGAGCAGAUUACGUGGAUUUAGGUCUUGUUGAAUUAUUUGGGAUUCAGGCCAGAUCUUUUUCCUAAAUAGUCGAGUGCCAGACAAAACUCUGCAAGGAAAUCAGGGUUUUCCUUUCUGCUCCUCACUUUAGGUGCAGCUGCAUCUUCAUGGCCUUAAGAGUUAGGACUUAGAUGAGCCGUUUGCCUUCAGGUUAAAAACUUUCUACGAGUCUGUUUUGACAUCAUAACACAGGGAAUGGGGAUGCAAGUCUUUAUGUAUUUCAGGUAGAUUCCAUCUCUGCUUCUAUUUGCAUUCCCUGAUCCUCUUUUCCUUGUGAAUGAUUCCUGCUGACCAUGUCUCCUUAACUUGAGAAACUCUGAGGUAAAUCAUGGUCCGUUAUGUUUUUUUUUUUAAGAAAAAUAAAUCAGUGUAGGAACCUCAAGCAGACGCAGAUGGAUAACACAUCCCGCCACAAGAACGUGUUGUCCUGUUUUCAUACACUCCAUAAGUCUAAAUGGGAGCCGCUUGGCCUUACUGAGCCCUCAGUGGCUUUGAUUUGUAUUACCAACAGUUUACUGACUUAUGAUCACAAUUAAAGUGUUCAGACUGGGAA